CUUCGACGGGCACUCGAGAAGACUAUGCAGUGACCAGUGACCACUCACAACGCUGACCAAAUCCUUCAGGCUGCGCAUAUAGUGCACACAUCGAUGAUCGCUCGAUCCAGUCAAUGGCAAGCAUGCUUCUAUCAGGUCUAUGGAUACUACUAUGUAUUAUUGUUGGAUCUUGAAACGGCCAGCAAAUCGAAGUGAAACGGUGGUCAUUGCAAGUUGUCAGCUGUCUUGCAUCUUGUACGAAAUGUUGCAGUAGGUAGGUGAUGCUUGUGAGCACUAUUGCCUGCAGCUUUGCAAGUGCAACACUGGGUCGUGGCAUCAGGGACGCCAUAAAAUCAGGAGGCCAUUGUUGUAUUAUAUUUGCUCUGUUUUGCCCAUGCUUUGUAUGCUGCUGGAUGCGGCGUUUGUUCGGUUUAUUAUAACGCCAAACCUUGGAUAAUCUGCGGCAGCAGAGUUGCUAAUUGCAUCUGACCGAUCGCUACUGCAUUUCUACCGUCGUACUUGUGGAUCAGCGCAAACUUCACGAAGUAUCUGGCUUCUCGGAUGAUUUUUAGCAAUUCAUUCAGUCAAUUUCCAAUAAAAACUCUGGACCAGUCGAUCAAGGAAAGCGUGAAUCGCAUAUCUGGCGGUGUUGCAAAAUGAAACUAUCUGAGGAUAGCGAAAGGCAGUUCCAUACAACAAAAUGGGAUCGGAAUCAUAUCGUUUGCCUUCUUUUUGCGGGAGUUAGGAAGUUGGUUUGACCUAAUCGGUUUAUUGUCGAUUGUGAAAGCGAUCUACCGCACGAUGCCGUGUCUAAAAGGCCCACCAUCUUUCCCACGCGUUCGUGCGAGCUUUCUCAUCUGUAGCGUGAUUCAAUUGAUUGCAGUAUUCGAACGGCAGAUAUUUGAUUUUAUGGGUUAUAUGUGGCUGGCCAUUGCAUGUAAUUUUUUGCAUGUAACGUGCGUUAUAUUGGGCAUAUUCGGGUCGUUACAACAUCGUACCUGCUAUGUUUUGCUGAGCUGUAUAUGGAACCUUUUGUGGAUCGGCUGGAACAUCUUUGUUGUUUGUUUGAAUUUGGAUGCCGGUGUAUUGCGCAAGGAAAUGUCUGUGCUGAAUUUGGGAACGAUGACCACCAACUGGUGGCACGUCAACGGGCCCGGAUGUGCUGCACAAUAUAAUUACUCGGAUAUCGAUUCCAUUACUUUCCGAGCGAAAAUAAUUCGCGUGGACAGUUGUCUGCUGGAAUACCAGUUUGUGGAGGUCAUCCAAUCUGUUUUCCAGUUAGCACUCAGUAUUGCAUCUGUGAUAUUAUCCGGAAUCCUGCUUCGUCUUUACCGUGGAAAAGAUGUCAGUGCUCUGGAAGAUGAACUGAAACCGCACCCAGUGCCAGGAUAUGCUCUGUCGCUGCAGCACUCUGUCGUGGAAAACGGCGAUAAUUUUUACGCCGCCAAAGUGCCACCUACAGUUUCAUAUGACACUGUAACACGGAUCAACCCUAAUCAACGGUCACUGCGAAACGGGACGCACAAAUCCAGCAUCAACAGCGCACGGCAAGGCAGCAGAAUAAGCUCUAAACCUGGAUCGCGCGACGGAAGUGUUCCACGAUCACUUAUCGCCACGGAUAAAGUGCGCACGUCCACUCGUCUGCCUUCGGACAGAGUAUCGGAAAAUAAAUUUGUGGAUAUUAUUCAGGACAUGAAUAGCAUGGCUACUGCCCCGUUUGGACCACGGCGACCGGUGCAUCCCACCAUCAGACCUCACCCGUUGUAUAUUCCCGGAAGUGUUUCGCCCUAUCAAAGUCGUGCCGGUACCGAGGUAUCGUUCUGAAGGAGCGGAACCACUUACGAUGGAAGCUUUAAACCAAAGAUUACUUUUAAAUACUGUACCUGACUUUUCUGCGGUUGUAAUUUUUUUGCUCGAUGAAGUACUCGUAUGUCCUGUAUAAAGCGGAAUGAAUACCUGUUCUUGUUUCACCAGUGAUAGAUGACCUGCGGUUGUAAGCGGUUCAGUUUGUUUUGCUCAAUAAUUUUCCUACAUUUUUGUGCUUGUUUUGUCUAGUAUUCACGAACAAAUCAAUUGACGCCUAACCAUAAGCAAUUGUGAGUUAAAUGU